UGGGCCACGAAAAUGUGAAUACGGGUCACGAAAAUGAAGGUCAAGUUAGAUAAUGGGUAUCCUAUCGACUUUCAUGUGGUUUUAGACCCGACUUUUAAUAGACGAAGGAAAAAUGACCUGUCGUACGAUUUGUUGUUUGCCUGAGUCGCCUGUACCAAGCAGCAUGGAUACCGCGCCGCCUCCGCCGUACCAUGAAGCCGUGAACUCCGCAGAACAACCCACCGAACCCACUUUACAAAAUGGCGAUUACCCAAAACAAAAUGAUGACGUCAUACAUCCGGGUCAAAACGGAGUCAGUUUCGGAGAGGAUCAUCAAUGUCCUCCCCCUCCGGUCACAACCCAGCCAGUCGUCACCGCAAAAGGUGUCCUAGUGGAGGAGCGUGGUACACGUAACGGAUGUGACAAAAAGAAGAAGAAGCAUUGCUGUGACUGCCGCGACUGUCGUGACUGCAGGGUUUGUGACAGCAAUGGUUGUGACUGCAGCGGUUGUGACUGUAAGGGUUGUAACUGCUCUGACUGCCGUGACUGUGGUGACUGCAAGGGUUGUGACUGUGGGGGUUGUGACUGUGGGGGUUGUGACUGCGGGGGUUGUGUCAUUAUGUAGAAGUGCCCCAUGUUUGUUUUCAUCCACAGUGCUGAAUGAAUAGUUAAGAAACCAAGUAAAUACAUAGCGCUGUCGUCUGGAUGAAGCAUGGAUUUGUAUACUGAAUUAAUCAUCACCAAGAAAAUUUCAACCUUGGCUACGUUCGACGCAAGGUCCCAAAUUAAUCCGACAUUAUCUCUAUAUUAAAGUGAAAAAAUGUGAUAGCACCCAUCUAUCGUAUUAUUGCCCAACUACUAGGAAAAGAGAGUGUAUCUAUUAAUGAAAAAAUGUGAUAGCACACCAUAUCACAUUAUUUCACUAGUAAGAGGAAAAAGAUUGUCUAUUAGUGAAUGAAUGUAAAAGCACCCCUGUCACAUUAUUUCACUAGUAAGAGGAAAAUAACUUUUGUCUAAAUGUACUGUUGAAAUAAUGUUGUAUCAUUAUAGUGAUAACCAUUUUCACAUGUAAGAGAAGUUAACACGGUUUUCGACUGAAAAACUUUUUUGAACUAAAAUAAUGUGAUAAAUAUAGACAGUGCUCGUUAUAAGUCUGCGUACAUAUGGUAUGAAACGUAGAUUCCACGCGUGUGGUUAUAUGUUUAACGAAUAAAGGCUAACUUGUGCUGUUAACAUUCAUUUGAAAAUUUGUAUGGAGGAUGUGGUAUACAACUAUAUGUACAAAAUUUGAAUAACACACUUUAAACGGUGUAUAUGCAAUGUUAUGUUAUGUUUGAUUUAAUUUGAUUUAUUAGGCUGUAUGAAACAUACAUUUAAGGCUAUGCAAUUAGCGGAAAGCUAUUGUAUUACAUGCAUUGGAACUUUAAGAUAUGCAAGAAAAGUGGUUGCAGU